CAGGGGCAGCCAAGACAUAGUCGUUUGCCACUUUGGGGAAAAAAACUCCCGAAAAUGUGGGCCAUUCAGUGUCGUGGGAAUGCCGUGCCCUUGCACACCUACAGACGAGCUUGGGGAGGUGCAGAGUGCAAGAUUGGAGGUCACUCCCAUGACCAUUUGAGAAUGCUACCCUUAGAGCCACACGUUUUGGGCCAAAAUGAACUUCUAACCUUGGGAGCUGACAAUUUGCGCCGUUUUGCGGUGACAAAAGGACCUUCCACAAAGCUUUUGGAGGGCUUCCGUGCAAGUUCCAAUGCGACGCGGACUUAUCUCCGACAAUCAACAUCAAUGUCGUCUUCGGGGGUUUUGCCUCAUUCGGCUCUAAGUAAAGCAGCAGACAACAUGAUGAGUGGCCUUCAUGAACGCCCCGCACCUCGUGGGCAAGAUCAACGGAAUGGUAUUCGUGGAGAGUUUCUUGGAUCAUCCAGUACACAUCAUGUGUCUGAAGUUUCACAUGAUAUGUUCGCGCCAGUGCCAUUCCAGCAUGACUGCAAAGCUACACUUUUCCCGACUGAUGAUGAUGCUUGCGACCCCCUGUUUAACAAAAAGAUUAAAAAGUCGAUUGCGCAAGCAGGCGCUGCAGCAGUUGUGACGAGCACUGUCUAUCAGGCAGUUAAGCAUCACAAGCACAAGAAUGACAGGCAAUCGGCAGGCGAUGGCAACAUAUCUCAAACGAUCGAGGAGAAACGCAAGCGAGCAGGGGAAAGUGGGCCGUUGACAGAGCCCACGGCAGAGUUUAUGGCAACGGAUCCGUGGAGAGGUGACGAACCAAUUCAAGAGCCAACGCUGGACACUGCCGAGGCGUGGAGCACAUUGCUACGCACUGCUCCCGCCUGGUCGCAGCUACGAUUGUACUCUUUUAUCCGGUCACUAGGUAAAGGUUCUCAUGCUGAAGCUCUUCUGGUCGAAAAAGGUUCGUACGAAAGAGACAAGAGAAAAAAAUUGUGUGUUCUUAAAGUGAGUAGUUUUUUGCCUGAGGCGAUAAAUGAAAGCCGACUGCUGAGUGUCCUAUCGGCAAAGAGUAAUAUUGCCCAUCCGUAUGUUGUACGCUUGGAGGAUGUCCAUGUGGAACAGUUUGGAACGAGCCACUUGGCUUUCUUACAGUUAGAGUAUUGCGAAGGUGGAGACUUGGACACUUAUGUGCGGGGGCGAGGAACUUAUUGCCGGCACGCAUUUGAUGACGUGCACAUACAUUACAUCGCGAGCGAGUUGUUGGCCGGCCUAGCAUCAUUGCAUGCCCAAGAAAUCGUCCAUCGGGAUGUCAAGCCAGCGAACAUACUCCUUGGGACGGAUGGUGAUGUGAAGCUUUGUGAUUUUGGUGUUGCCAGCCAAUAUAGAGACAUUUGGCCCGAUGGGUCAUAUGUUCCUGCGGGAUCACUAGCUUACAUGAGCCCAGAGAUUCGUCAAAUGCUGUCAUGUGCAUCGGAAAGGGAUCAAUCAACAUAUAAUAUUGCCACAACUAGAGAGCUACCGGUCCUGACUUUAACAGGAAAGGUAGACGUCUGGGCAUUAUCUUGCGUUGUGUAUGCCUUGUGUCUGUCUAUCUCUGAACCCAAUUUGGUCGAUGUACCUCCCUUGCAAGCGGUCGCUGAGGUUUGCGAUCACAGAGGAUGGCCUCCGUUUAAUGCUUCCCAUAAAAUUUCAAGUAAAGAUCCUGGAAAGGUAGCCAAUGAGAUAUGUUGGCUUUUGGUGUUGGGUCUGCAGCCAAAUCCAGAAUUACGCCCUUCUGCAGAAGAUUUGAAAAAGUUCGUGUCUUGUUCUGAGAAACAAACCAAUAUUGAAUGGUUGGCUCGUCUGUAAAGGAGAUUAGUAAAUGCACCGUGUUCAUAAAUACUGUACAUGAUGCUUUCAAAUUUGAGAAAGAAGUCGUAAUACAAUGUGAUGGAGGA